AAACCAACACAUGAGACGAGAUUGAAGUUUCUUACCGGAACGGACAUCUUAUUGGCAAUAUACAGUAUUGCACUAGUAAACUAGUACAACCUAUACUUUCACUUCAUUAAACAUGGAUUUAGAUACAUUUCCACCCCGAUUUGUUUGUUAGUGUAUUACAAAAAAAAUCCGUUUAACUGCACAAAUCAAACAAUUUUUGUACUUUCUCUUUUCUAUUCGCGAACGACAAAUCCUAGCUUAAAUUUUCUACACCAAUCUUUCAUUACAAUUGUUUGUAUUUACCGUACUGAAAGAAUUUAGUUGAACUCGUAGUAAACGAAUCUUGACCCUGAAUCCCCAGCAGAGGAUUCUCAUUGAAAUAAAAAAAAACUUUCUAGAAUUGCAUUGGUAUAUGUAAUAGAAACACAUUAUGGAGUGGUUUAAGAAAUAUUGAAAUAAAAGGAAAAGUGCGUAGAAGGAUUUCAUAGUAGUGAAUCGAGUUUGUACCUGGUGAAAGUUAAUUACGCUACCCAUCGCCCUUUGCCACUAAUAAUGGGUGGAAAAGAUCCACUUUGCCCAUUAGGAUUUCAUCCCCAAGUUCGAUGGCCUACUCGAUGCAAACGAUGUUUUCGUGAAUUCAAGGAACACACCGUUGCUAACGAUGCUUGUCUUCGUGCGCGCUCCCUUGACCCAGAGGGACGGGCGGCGUUCGACGAGCCUUCUUCGAGGUCCAGAACCCCUUCACUGGCAUCCAGCCCAUCUUCAUCGAUGGACGACAGUAGCAGGGACUACAGCUCACCCUACUCGUCCAUCUCGUCCGUAGCUCUGAAUAGACUGACCAAGUAUCGGGAAGGUGAGACAAAUCAGAAGUCUGGCAUGUCCGUUGUUAGCGAGACUCUUACACUACCCUCUGGGGAUGGUCCCUUGUUGCGACGAAGAAGGACUACAGAUCUCACCGAUAUAAUCCCUGAUGACACGACAAAUCAAUCAGAAACGUACACAGUUAGGCUUAGAAAGACGCCAAGUUUCGGUUCAUCCGGGGACGAGUCACCUUCUCCAGACUCCCCUUCGCCAAGCUCUUCGCCCAAGCCUAGAAAUUCUCCCAACCUUAAACUUUCUUUACCAGAUGAUAAGCUUCCGAAUAACGAGAGGAAGAACGAUGACGUUCAGCUGCCGGAAGUCAAACCUAAAAAGAAGAAGAAAAGACUGCUCAUCCAAGGAGUUCAAGAGGUCACUUCCUUGACACCCCCGGAUUCAAACAGUUCGAACGAUGGAGAAUCCCCAAAUGAAGAAUCGGCUGACGUUGCUUUCAUUAUUCAGGUCAAGAGCACGACCAAAAAGAAAAAGGUCGAUGAUGACGAUGAGACAAUGAGCAUGACCACUGCUACAGAUACUACGGAGACAACCCUAGUGGACCUGAAUGAAACUGUGACCGGUGGUCUCAGCUCUUGGGAGGUUGAAGAAAUGAAAACUGAAGUGAAACGCUUACGAGACAAAUGUGAUAAAUUGGAGAAGGAGAAAGCUGAAAUUCUAGCCAGACGCGUUGCAAGUCUAGAUGCUCCUCGAGCUCAAUCAAGUGAAUAUGUAAAACUACAACAAAAAGUGAACCAAUUAACCAGUAUCAAUGAGGACUUGAAGGAUGAACAGAAGCAUUUGGAAACGAGAGUUCGAGAAUUAGAGGUCGAUUUGUCCAACCGACCCACCUCCGAUUUCAUGCAGCGGUCGAUUGCAGAAAUGAGGUCGAAAUUAUCCCAAGCUGAAUCACAAGUGGACCAACUCCAAGAAGAAAAAAGAGAUGCAAUUAAACAAAUGCGUGAUAUGCAAGAAGAAUUUGAAGAAAUGCAAGACGGUUUUAGAGAGGAACAAGCUGAAGAGUUUGCCUCUUUAAAAACUCACCAUCGGCUAUUGCAGUUUAAACUCAGAAAGGUUGAAAAACGGGGGGAACAACUCGAAGCAGAGAAGAAAGAAUUGGAACAGCGUUUAGAAGCGUCCUCCAACUCUAUCAAGAUGACUAAACUUGAAGAGGAAUUGAAAAAAGCAAAGCUAGAGAAUGAACGUCUGAAAUCCAACAAAGAUACUCUGGGGGUCUCCGGACUCAAAAAGAAAAGUCCCGUCUUAACAAAAGCUCCUUCUGGGGAGAGUGUUGAACCCCCCAUGCCUUCAGAUUUUGACCCGCACAAAACAUUACGAGACCUUCAGAGUGCCCUAGAACGAGAGUCAGAUUCACGUGAACAACUGAAAUUUGCUGAGGAAGAAUCUGGAACGUUGAGACAAAAGAUCAGUAGGAUUGAGGAUGAAAAUGAGUCCCUGUUAAUUCAAAUUAAAAAGAUGUCAGCCAAGUCAAGAACAGAUCUUAACAAAGGGAGAGUUGAAACGGGCAGACUUGGGCAUCCCACCAAUUCUGUUGACAACAAUGAUAAAUUAGAUGCGAGCGAGUUGAAAUUGCAGCUCGAAUUAAACGAACAGGAAUCGAAAAUUUUAAGGAAAAAAGUCGAAGACCUGGAAAAGUCUAAUUCUAAACUAGUGAAAGACUUACAAAAAGCAGAGGACAGGGUUCAAAAGGAACUUUCUUCUCCAGUAACAAAAUCAAAGAACGUGGAUGAGGUUUCUCUACUACGAAGAAAGAUAAUUGAAAAGGAACGGGAAAUUGAACGUUUACAGACUGAAAUGCUUUCUGUAACGACAAAAAACAAAGGGAAAAUGAUAAACGCAAAGUCUGCUGAGGAGACACAUGUGCGUUUGGAUGCAGAAACAAAGGCAGAACUACGGAAAGUACAAGACGAAUUUUUGCGAUUGAAGACUGAAUCAGAGAAACAAAGAACUGCACUGGAGAGUGAAUUGGCAAAAACACAUCAAGAAGUUGACAAGCAUCAACUGAAUCUGCAACACAUGGGAGAAUCUAAUAAACUAUUAUUGGAACAAAUCGAAGGUUUGAAGAGGGAUGUUAGAUCAGUGAAACAGCACUAUGAAUCAGUUCAGGAGGAAUUUGUAAUCAAGAAUUCGCAACUAUCAUCACAAAAGGAAGGCAUGGAAAGUGAUAUAGAAAAACUGAGGAGAGAAUAUGACACUAUCGAUAGAGAGCUGCGAGCUCUACGGGAAACGUUCAAUAAUCGUCAGGACACGUGGAUAAAAGAAAAGCUCGGACUCGAGCAAAAACUUCGGGAUGUUGAGAAUAGCUCCAAAAAGCUCAUAAACAUGACAGGCGACAGAGAUGCUACUAAAUUGAAAACACUCCUCAAGCAACAGCAAAAUGAUUUGGACACAAAAACUCGAGAAUUAGGGGAUAGUCAAGAACGAAUCAUUCAAUUGCAAAAAGAUAAUGAAGAGCUUAAAAGACAGUUAGAUGACUUUGAUAAGGUUGCCCAAGUUCAACUAAGAAGUUUGUCAACAGAUUCAUCCCGGAAGUCUGACAAGGAUAUCAAAUCAUUACAAGAAAAAUUGACGGCGGAAGAGAAGCAUCACAAAAAUGAAGUUGCACAAAUGAAACUGCGUCAAGAUCAACAACUUGCGGUGAAAAAUGAGGAAAUUUCAUCAGUUCAAUCGCAACUGAGUAGAGCCAAACGAGAGAGGGAUACAUAUCGACAAAUGGUAGAUUCUGCACAGAGGGCAAUCUCGGAGCUAAAAUCGCGUGGGUCUGGGUCGAAGGGGUCAGUCACAGCCAUGGAUGAAGCCUCGACAGGGGCUCAAGCUGCGAUGAAAGCCCUUCAGGACAGAAUCGCCUCUUUGGAAGAUGAUCUUGCUGAAGCACGUCGAGACACGUCACAUGUUAAAACCGAAAUGGUCACCGAAAAAUCACAGUGGGAGAUGCAAAUAGGAGAGAUGCAACAAAAGAUUAAUGAAUUGGAAGAGGAGAAGCUGCUUAGCGGAAGCGGUAGAAUCAGGGGUUCUGGUGCAUUAAGUAGGACACGACUUGAACUAGCGUGGCAAAAAGAACGCGAAGAGCAACAAAGGAGACUCAAAGAAGCAACAACAUUGGCAAGGGACCUGAAAACGACGCUACUAGAGAUUGAACGGGAACGAGACAGGGAACGGGUAGACGCAAAACGCCGAGUGGAGCAACUGAAAGCAACGAUGGAAGAAGAGCAAGAAGAAAUAAAGCGUAAAGUAGGAGAGAGUCAGUGCGAUCUUCUUGAGCUACGAGAUGCUCAUGCAAAACUCAGGACUGCGAAUGAAAAGUUGAGAAAGGAUCGAGAAAAGCUUGAAACUGCAAGAGAAUUACAAAUUAAGAAAGAGCUCGAAUCUCGUAAAGUUCGAUUAGAACGUGAGAAAAUGUUGGAUCAACUAAUGAGUCGUGUAAAACUAUUAAAUCCAACCUCAUCGAACUCCAAUCUUGCUCAACAACCACCGAAACUCAGUUUUGCCGAAGUUUUACAUUUUCUUCAAAAUAUCAAGUCGCUUACAGAGCCGGAAGACUUGACAAAUCCGAGAGAACAGCGACGCUCUCAUUUCAAAAAAGCUUCUUCACUGGGAGAGGAUAGUCAAGACUUGCCGAGGUCACGAGAAAGUUUGCAGUCGAUGCCAGGAGGGUCGUACGGGUUGAGUGACAAUUAUGGGGCUGCAGGACGGUCUCAAAGACAAUACGUGGGCUCAAGUUCUUCCUCGACGCUAACUCUGCCUUCCCGUGCUCGAACACCGGGGCCUUCGAUGCCAAGUUCAAAUGGAUCGGGGAGAGGGAUUCGGAGCAAUGCCAGCGAUUCCGGCGGCUCAUCAUCUGCCGCUAUGUUAAAUCCCCGUGGAAGUUUGUAUAGGAAGGCAUUGUCCUUGGAACAGACCAUGUCCAUGCCGGACGAACAGAAAAUAUGGAAAGGAAAUUCAGACGCUGGUAGCGGCUCUAGUCUUGCAUCAAACGAUGACCAAUAUUCGCGAGGAUCAAGCAUGGAAAGGACAUCCAUAAAAAGUGAUAAGCCCAAAGGACUGGUGGGGAAGAUGAAGAAAUUUGUAAAAUCUAAGAGCAUUGAAGAACAACCCUCGAAUACAGCUCUGAAAGUAGUUCGAGCUGGCGUACAAGCGGCAGGUGUGGGAUCAAAUGCUGGUUCAGAUUUGUCCAUAAAUUCAGAUGCCGGUGAAAAGGAAUCGAAAGGAACGCUCAAAGACAAGAUGAAAGGCAUGUUCAAAAGAAGUUCUCGGUCUCCCAGCGUUGAACGGAAGGGUGCACCGACAUUGCUGAUCCAGCCAAAACAGGGCCGUGAGCCUACGCCACAGCGAGACGCACGAGAAGGAACGCCUGGGAGCUCAACUCAACGCCCACUCAUGCCUUCAGCACAGCGACCGCUAAUGCCUUCAUCCACCAAAAAUGUCCCAAGAUAAAGUUCUAACAAUAAGUUAACACAAAUCCUCGGCAAUGAAUAUUUGUGAACAGACAAACAACUGAUGAGUACAGUCAUUCUUUAUUACCGUUUACUGUGGUAUUAUUAAUCUCCAAGCAAUUCCUUUAUGUUACAAUCUAGCCGUACUUUCUUAUAGGUAUAGAAAAACACAAAAUAGGAAAGGCAACCUCGAUGUGAGAAAAUGAUGUACACUUUAUUGUACUCAUAUCCUAAAAUUUCAUGUAAUAGCCUUGUUGAAUUUUAAUUUUAGAUACACGGUAAUAUGGUAUAAAUGAUUGUUAAGAGCGUACAUACUUUCUCAACAUUUUUUCGGAACAACCAAGACAAUACUCCUUUAAUUCUGUAACUUAAAUAUUAAAAGUAAGAUUUCCAACACGGAAUAAAGUCCAUUUACAAAAUUA